AUGGUGGUGCUACAGCACGACAAUGCCCGGGCCCACGUCACCCCCAUGGACACGCAACUCAAGGCCGCCUUCGACGAAUUCGUCAAGAAAGGUUGGGUUUUCUCACUCGUUCCCCAGCCGCCAAUCUCCCCGGACACCAAUAUCUUGGACCUGGGCUUCUUUGCUGCGAUUCAGUCCCUACAACAAAAGAAGUCAGCGAGGUCGGUUGACGAGCUAGAAAAACUGGCCCGCAAAGGACAGCUACCUCAAAACGUGCAGUCCAUGGAACGAGCGGUGUCGGCGGAGGUCGAAGAGGCGCGGUGCCUCGACACGCUAGCCCGAGAGCUCGAGCGCAGUGCCCUAAGCGACUGA